AUCACGUGACCUGAGCGGAGAGCAGCAGCUACAGAGGCAUCGCCGCAGCUCUGCUCUUCUCCCUACAGCAAAUCACGGGGAUUAGCAGCAUCCUGUUUUUACCGGAGCCGUUUCGCCUGCUGGACGGCGGGUCUGAUGCCUGCGCUAGUGAGCCGUUACAGCCCGUUUGGAAGCUCUGUUCUUUCUCUCUCUCUCCGUUUGUAGUCGGAGUCUCUCUCUCACACAUACUCAUGCUGCCCGUUGGUGCUCCGGGGACGAACCGUGCUUGAGACUCGGCGGCUGCUGCUGCUGCGGGGGCAGAAAGCGACGCUAGGCGAGGCGAGGCUGCAUCUGCGCGGGAAUGGCGGACCGUGACACGUUACCGCUGCCUAUCGAGAUACGCGCGCGGCUCGCCGAGUUGGAGUUGGAGCUAUCGGAAGGGGACAUCACACAGAAAGGUUAUGAGAAGAAAAGAGCAAAACUCAUUCAAGCCUACCUGCCCCGUGUACCAGUGGGGGCGGAGUCUAGAAUUCCUGUCACACCUUCUUCGUCAUCGUCUUCCUCAUCUCGUUACCAAAGGCGACGUUCCACUGGCUCACGGGAUGAGCGAUACCGCUCAGAUGUACACUCUGAAGCAGUGCAGGCAGCGCUGGAGCGUCAGUGUGAGCGGAAGAUGGCCGUCCCCAUGCCCUCAAAACGACGGUCCCUCGUUGUCCAAACAUCUAUGGAGGCAUAUACGCCACCAGACUCCUCAUCAGGCUCCGAGGGUGAGGGAUCUCUAGGGAGAACUGGUGGUGCAGGGGUUGAGGCCUGGAUUAGUCAAGCACUUCGUGGAUCAUCUUCAUCAACCACAUCAUCGUCCUCAUCACACAGCAAUGGAUCUGCCAAUGCUGCGCGUCUAGCAGAGAAUAACGCACACACUUACAACAUUGGGCCAAUUGCUCAUCUAUCCCUGAAGAGGCGGGGUUUAAGGGAGAUGGGUGUGUCAUUAGAGAAUGGUAACCUGGGUCGUCGCUCUUAUGACUACCAGUCUGACCGGCCAUGGUCAUCACUGGACUCAGAAGACAGUCACCCGCCCCCCCCUGACAUCACAAGCUACACCUCAGAUCCACCCGCUGUUACAGUGGACCGGCCACAGGUCGCCAUGCCAACCAAAGCUCUGCCCAAAUAUGGCAAUGCUGAGCUUAUGGAGACAGGAGACGGAGUGCCUGUGAGCAGUCGUGUGUCUGCUAAGAUCCAACAACUGGUCAACACUUUGAAAAGACCAAAAAGACGUCCACUGAGAGAGUUCUUUGUUGAUGACUUUGAGGAGCUGCUGGAAGUGCAGCAGCCUGAUCCUUCAUUACCACGACCAGAGGGUGCAGAGUCAACAAUAACACAAGGGGAAGAGCUGUGCAGACUCAAAAAUUGCCCUGCGUCCAUGGAGGCGGCUCUGCAACGCUGGGGGGCCAUCGCACCUAAAGCACCUUGUCUGACUGUCACACAUGCCAACACUAAACAACCCUACACUCUCACGUAUGGUAAGCUUUGGUCCAGGAGUAUGAAGCUUGCAUACUACAUCCUCCACAAACUCGGAACCAAGCAGGAACCCAUAGUUCGACCAGGGGACAGAGUUGCGUUGGUGUACCCCAAUAAUGACCCUGCAGCGUUCAUGGUAGCGUUUUACGGCUGUCUGUUAGCAGAAGUCGUACCUGUACCCAUUGAGGUUCCACUCACCAAAAAGGACGCAGGGAGUCAGCAGAUUGGAUUUCUGUUGGGCAGCUGUGGGGUUGCUGUGGCACUGACCAGCGAUGCAUGCCACAGAGGCCUUCCCAAGAGUCUCAGCGGUGACAUCAUGCAGUUCAAAGGCUGGCCGAAGUUGCUGUGGGUGGUGACAGAGUCGAAGCAUCUAUGUAAACCUCCCAGAGAAUGGUAUCCUCUAAUUAAAGACGCCAACAACGACACAGCAUAUAUUGAGUAUAAGACGUGUAAAGAUGGAAGUGUUCUUGGAGUGACUGUGACGAGAAUGGCCAUGCUGACACACUGCCAAACACUCACACACACCUGCGGAUACAAGGAAGCGGAGACGCUGGUGAAUGUGUUGGACUUCAAGAAGGAUGUAGGACUGUGGCAUGGCAUUCUUACAAGUGUACUCAAUAUGCUGCAUGUGGUCAGUGUUCCAUAUGCUCUCAUGAAGGUGAAUCCAUUGUCCUGGAUCCAGAAAGUCUGUCAUUACAAAGCUAAAGUGGUCUGUGUAAAGAGUAGGGAUCUACACUGGGCUCUGGUAGCACACAGAGAUCAGACUGACCUCAACCUGAGCUCUCUACGCAUGCUGCUGGUUGCUGAUGGCGCCAAUCCAUGGUCUAUCUCAUCGUGUGAUGCGUUCCUGAACGUGUUUCAAAGUAUGGGCCUGAGGUCAGAGGUCAUUUGCCCAUGCGCCAGCUCACCAGAGGCUCUAACUGUUGCACUGAGGAGGCCAAAUGAAAGCAGUUCUAAGCCUAUGGGCAGAGGGGUCCUCAGCAUGACUGGGCUGAGUCACGGCGUUAUCAGAGUGGACACAGGAGAGAAACUCUCUGUCUUGACGCUGCAAGACGUUGGCAGUCCUAUGCCUGGAGCGUUGGUAUGUGUGGUGAAACCGGAAACUAUUCCACAGUUGUGUAAAACGGAUGAGAUUGGAGAGAUCUGUGUGUCAUCCAUUGCCACAGGAACAUCCUACUAUGGUCUUACAGGCAUGACCAAGAACACGUUUGAGGUGUGUCCCAUGUCCAGCAACGGUGGCCUGGUGAGCGAGUGUGUGUUUGUACGCUCAGGGCUGCUGGGAUUUGUAGGCCCGGGCGGAGCAAUCUUUGUGACAGGAAAGAUGGAUGGAAUGAUGCUGGUUGCGGGGCGGAGACACAAUGCUGAUGACAUAGUUGCUACUGCUCUUGCCGUUGAACCCAUGAAGUUUGUAUACAGAGGAAGGAUAGCAGUGUUCUCCAUUACUGUACUUCAUGACGAGAGGAUAGUGGUGGUAGCAGAGCAGAGGCCAGAUUCCACUGAAGAGGAAAGCUUUCAGUGGAUGAGCAGAGUACUACAGGCUAUAGAUGGUAUCCAUCAAGUGGGUGUGUACUGCCUGGCACUGGUCCCCUCCAACACUCUGCCAAAAACCCCUCUUGGGGGCAUCCAUCUGUCUGAGACGAAGCAGCUCUUUCAGGAAGGGGCACUGCAUCCUUGUAAUGUGCUCAUGUGCCCCCACUCCUGUGUCACCAACCUGCCCAAACCCCGACAGAAACAACCCGAGGUUGGCCCUGCCUCUGUGAUGGUGGGGAACCUAGUGGCAGGGAAGCGGAUGGCACAGGCCUGUGGCCGAGACCUGAGCCAAGGGGAGGACAACGACCAGUUCCUCUUCCUGUCUGAGGUAUUGCAGUGGCGAGCUCAAACUACACCUGACCACAUACUCUACACACUCAUCAACUCGAGGGGGACAGUAGGGAGUUCUCUAACAUGUUUGCAGCUCCAUAAAAGAGCAGAGAAGAUUGCGGCCUUGCUGUUUGAGAGAGGGCAGCUGCGAGACGGAGAUCAUGUAGCAUUAGUAUAUCCACCAGGUAUAGAUCUCAUUGCAGCAUUUUAUGGUUGUUUGUAUGCUGGCUGUAUCCCCAUCACAGUUAGGCCACCUCAUCCCCAAAACAUCUCAACCACUUUGCCAACUGUUAAAAUGAUUGUAGAGGUGAGUCGCUCGGCCUGUGUUAUGACCACCCAGGCGAUUUGUAAGCUCCUGAGGUCUAAAGAGGCAUCAGCUGCUGUGGAUUUACGGUCAUGGCCACCUGUCCUUGACACAGAUGACCUACCGAAGAGACGGUCUCCACUACUGUAUAAGCCGUCUGACCCAGAGUCUCUGACAUACUUGGACUUUAGUGUAUCCACCACAGGCAUGCUUGCUGGGGUGAAGAUGUCUCACAGUGCUACCAGUGCAUUGUGUCGUUCUAUAAAGUUGCAGUGUGAGCUCUAUCCAUCUCGUGAGGUGGCCGUAUGUUUGGACCCAUAUUGUGGACUGGGCUUUGUUGUGUGGUGCCUCUGCAGUGUGUAUGCAGGGCACCAGUCCGUACUGAUCCCACCAGCAGAGCUGGAGGUAAACCCAGCUCUAUGGCUGCUGUCAGUCAGCCAGUUUAAAGUGAGAGACACAUUCUGCUCCUACUCUGUCAUGGAGCUAUGUACCAAAACACUCGGCACUCUCACGGACUCGCUCAAGGCACGGGGACUGGAUCUAUCACGUGUGAGGACCUGUGUCGUUGUGGCAGAGGAGAGGCCGCGGAUCUCUCUCACUCAGUCCUUCUCCAAACUCUUUAAAGAUGUAGGGCUGCACCCCCGCGCUGUCAGUACUGCAUUUGGCUGCAGGAUAAACCUCGCUGUGUGUCUGCAGGGCACCUCUGGACCUGACCCUACUACAGUCUAUGUGGACAUGAGAGCUCUCCGACAUGACAGAGUACGGUUGGUGGAAAGAGGAUCUCCGCACAGUUUGCCUCUAAUGGAGUCAGGCAAGAUAUUACCGGGAGUCCGCAUCAUCAUUGCCAACCCAGAGACAAAGGGACCAAUUGGAGAUUCUCACCUAGGAGAGAUUUGGGUGCACAGCAGUCAGAAUGCGAGCGGAUAUUUCUCCGUAUUCGGGGAAGAGAAUGUUCGCUCAGAUCAUUUCAGCGCCAGACUGAGUUUUGGGGACACACAGACCAUCUGGGCCAGAACCGGCUACCUCGGCUUCCUCCGCAGGACAGAACUCACAGACGCCAGUGGAGAGAGGCAUGAUGCUCUGUAUGUGGUGGGAGCGCUGGAUGAAGCAAUGGAGCUGAGAGGGAUGCGGUAUCAUCCCAUUGACAUUGAAACAUCCAUCAUCAGAACACACAAGAGCAUUACAGAGUGUGCUGUGUUCACCUGGACUAAACUCUUGGUGGUGGUGGUCGAGUUGGAUGGUUCAGAGCAGGAGGCCUUGGACCUGGUUCCCAUGGUAACCAACGUGGUUUUGGAGGAGCACUACCUCAUCGUGGGUGUGGUGGUCAUUGUAGAUACGGGCGUGAUCCCCAUCAACUCGCGUGGAGAGAAGCAGCGCAUGCACCUGAGAGAUGGUUUCCUCGCCGACCAGCUUGAUCCUAUCUACGUGGCUUACAAUAUGUAGAAAAGACAUUUAGACACUAACAUGUUCUCACAACCAGAUCUGAGUGCAAAUAGAAAUAGCUUACAAAAUAUAGAAACACACACUAAAGCCCAUCUGUAGAGACCCACUCGCACAAACAUGCACUUUCUGAAACACAUUUGCACACACUUCAUGUUGAACUACAUUUAAAUUGUUUUCAAAACGUAGAAACUCAAGCACACACUUACAUUUGCAAGUCAAGAGCACUAACCCAUAGAACAAAGAGCAAGACUAUGAACUGCAGACCUGUGUUCUUAUACAUAAACACACACACUGGCUGGCAACAAGUGUGUGUUGGCUGAUUAAAGGCUUUUACCUCGCUUGCAGAUGUGUGGCAGAUAUGGCAGGUCAUGCCAGAACAAAAUGAAGUUUUAUUUUUAUUAGACAUGGCACAAGCUGUUUUUAACUGAAUCACUUAAUGAUGUCUGUCAUGCUUAAACUGCUGACAAAAGCCACAAAAGAUUCUUUAAGCGAUUCUGUAGAAGAACCAGUAUUUGUUCCCGAAAGUAACUUGUUUAUAUGAGAUUUUUUUUUUUAUUCAAAGAAUGACACAAUGACUGCUGCAAUGGUUCUUCGCCCAUUUAAAGGUUUUUCAUAGAACCAUAACAUUAUGUGGGAGGUUCUUUAAACUUUGAAAAUGGUCUUUCUCAUUCAUACAUCUCAAUUACAAAAAUUAUUCUCCAAAAAAAAUGUUCAUUCAAAAGUUCUGUAAGAAAUCAAAAGUGGUUUGACAGUGAUUGCCAGGCUAGAUUUGUUGGAUUAGAUCAAAUUCAUUGUUUUGCCCUCUGAUACUCCAUCCAGCAUUUCCUGCUGAUAAACUGAAAUCUGGAACUAGAAUUUUUUUUCCCCAUACAGAUAUAUCGAUUUUGAAACCGUGAGCAUCAGCCAACACCAAUAUUUCUCCUUUUUCAAACUACUGAUCUUUAAAACGGGCUAAUCAAACAUGCUACUACCCCACAGGAAGAAAUACAUAGUCAACAGCUUGCCAUCACACAAAGUUAUUAUGUGCUAUUUGAAGCUGGAAUUCAGGACUGACUGGAUUUUUUUUUUCCUCUCUAAUAGGCGAUCUAUCAUUUUCUGCUGAUAUCAGUCCGAGACAGAUACUCAUCAGUACCAGUAUGCCAUCUCUAGUACCAUCUCUACUUUUAGUGUAUACAGAGUUAAAACAGGAUUUCUGUAUGUCAUCAAAGCAAAACAUGUAAAGAAUGUUUCACUUGAAUCAUUUAUGAGGUAAAACCACAGACACAAAAACACAGACAGCAAGAUUUUUUUUGAUCAUCAGCCAACAUGCUAACUAGCCAACAAGACAAAUUUAUACUUUGCUGGACAUUAUCUAGACAUUAUUACCCCUACUAUCAGAUAAGUCACUAUAGACAAUUUUUACACUAGAUUUAACACGUAAGGAUACACACCCACACUCAUAAACACACACACACACACACACUUAUGUGGACUAUGGUGCAUGUGUAUAUAAUGGACUUGACUAUGGAGACUACCAUAUCUUAAACUUUAUUUGAUGUUUGUGCGUUUUUGUUCCUGUGUAUUUCACUGUUCAAUGUUUUGCUAGUGUUGCUUUUUUUUUUUUUUAGUCUACAAUAUUUUCAAGUCAGGGAAUUUUAUAAGAUAUUAAGAUAUAUACGUGUCAAGAUAUAUAUGUGUCAAUCUUGGCUCAUUUUCUUUAAUAGUUUUUUUUUGUUUUGUUUUGUUUUUUUAAGACAUGAUGUCACAAAAGUAGCUGUUUUAUACAAUGACAUAUCCAACCAAACGUUUUAGUUGCUUAGUUCUUAGUACUUUUAAAAAGUGAUUGGUGGAGGAGUUGAUCCAUUUACCAGCCUUUUAUUUUCUUCUUCAGCAGCAUAAAUACCACAAUCUGUGACCAUAAAUCAUUGCAGUCCAUUGAAUUAAAUUAUUUUCAAGGUAAUUAUUAAUUGUAUUUUCUUUCUUUUAGGAUUUUAACUUUGUCUAAUAUAUUUUAAAGACCAUUCUGUCAUCUUGUGUGAAUAGUAUCAUAUAAGGAGCAGAUAUAUAGUUGUGUAUAAUGUACAGCUUGUGUUCAUAAAGAUCACUUAAAGUAGAGCUUCCUCUCUGUUACAAUACAUUGCUGGGCCAGAAAAUGAGACUCUGAAAAUGAGCAGGAGUAAUGAUGAUGGAUGGA